GCUCACUAGGCCUUUUCAUUUUUUUUCAACUCCCCUCCGUGCUUACACUGUCACUGUAGUGCAUGCAAGAGGAGUGGUAAAAAGACGUUGCCUACACCUUCAGCUACCUCCUAGCUCGCUAUCUCAUCCAUCAGAGAGAUCAGAGCGAGCGAGGUGUGGGAGUGCAUGCUACGGAUGCAUGUGUCCAUUCCUAUGACUAGGAGGAGUCAUCUGCAUAGCUAGCGUUGCGUCGUCCAUCGCAUCAGACAUCAGCUUCCGUUGCAGUGCUCAGCACUACAUACGUCUUGCAAGAGCUGAGCUCUGCUGCAUUGUUGUUGUGUGCCUAGCUAGCUACAUACGUACUGUAGCUAAUAAGCCAGCUCUCUAGCUCAUUGGUGAGUUCUUGCAUUGGCUUUUGCUGCAAACUUGCACCGGCCGGCCGCCAUGCAGGGGCAAGUUGCUGGUGACGACGCAGGUGGCGGCAGCUCUAGGCGGCGGGAGAGCUUGGUGCGUGGCCCCAUCAUCGUGGGCGCGGGGCCGUCGGGGCUGGCCGUGGCGGCGACGCUGAGCCAGCACGGGGUGCCGUUCACGGUGCUGGAGCGCUCCGACGGCAUCGCCGACCUGUGGACGAACCGCACGUACGACCGGCUCCGGCUGCACCUCCCCAAGGUGUUCUGCGAGCUCCCGCACGCGCGCUUCCCGGCAGACUUCCCCACGUACCCGACCAAGCACGACUUCCUCCGCUACCUCCGCUCCUACGCCGCGCGCUUCGGCGUGUCCCCGCUGUUCGGCCGCACGGUGACCCGGGCGCGCUACGACGCCGACGCGUCGCUCUGGCGGGUCACGGCGGUGUCGUCGUCGUCGUCGGCCGCGGACGGCGGCGGCGUGACGACGACGACGGAGACCGAGUACGCGUCGCCGUGGCUGGUGGUGGCUAGUGGGGAGAACGCGGAGGUGGUGGUGCCGACGGUGAAGGGGAGGGAGAUGUUCGCCGGGGAGGUCCUGCACUCCAGCGCGUACAGGAGCGGGGAGAGGUUCAAGGGCAUGAGGGUGCUGGUCGUGGGGUGUGGCAACUCCGGCAUGGAGAUGUGCUUGGACUUGUGUGAGCACGGUGCCAUGCCCUUCAUGUCCGUCAGGAGCGGGGUGCACGUUCUACCGAGAGAGAUGUUUGGGGCCUCAACGUUCGGCAUCGCCAUGAAACUGCUUAGAUGGCUGCCGAUCAAGCUGGUGGACAGGCUGCUGCUGCUCAUCGCCAGGAUGGUCCUGGGAAACACGGAGAGGCACGGGCUGAAGAGGCCCAAGCUGGGCCCGCUGGAGAUCAAGAACAUCACCGGCAAGAGCCCUGUUCUCGACGUGGGAGCAUGGUCGUUCAUCAAAUCUGGAAACAUCAAGAUCGUGCCAGAAGUGGAGUCAUUCACCGGCGGCAACGGGGUGAGGUUCGUGGACGGCAACAAGAUGGCCUUCGACGCCGUCAUCUUCGCCACCGGCUACAGAAGCAACGUCCCUUUCUGGCUCAAGGACGACGGCGAUCUGUUCACGGAGGACGGCACGGCAAAGCAGGCUGCUGGGCAGCCGAGCGGCGGCGACUGGUGGAGGGGUCCCAACGGGCUGUACCGCGUGGGAUUCUCCGGGCGGGGCCUGCUCGGCGCUGGCGCGGACGCGCUGAGGGCCGCCGCCGACAUCGCCGGGAGGUGGCAGGCGGAGGUGGCGGCAGCGGGUGGAGCCAAGAUAGUCUCCUCGUCCUCGGUGUAG